AUGACCACUGAUGCCACAUCCCGCCCUCAGCACAUUGAGGAGAUUCUCUCUGGUCUCGACCGCUACAAUCCGGAGACCGUGAGUACGUUCCAGGACUAUGUUCAAAGCCAAUGCGAGAACAGGACAUACGACAACAUGGCCAACUUGGCCUUGUUGAAGCUCUACCAGUUUAACCCUCAUCUCACUCGUGACGAGACCAUAACCAACAUCCUCGUCAAGGCCCUCACCGUCUUCCCCUCCCCCGAUUUCUCGCUCUGCCUACAUCUUCUCCCACCCAACAGUCUCAUUGAGCCCCCAAUCGAUUCAUUCGCGGAGGCUGUACAGAAGUUGCACACCUUGUCAAACGCACUUGAGGAGGCCGAUUACCCUCACUUCUGGGCAACCCUCGACAGCGAUGAUCUCUAUGCCGAUCUGGUCGCUGACUGCUCUGGUUUCGAAGAGCUUGUGAGGUUACGUAUUGCUAUGGCAGUUGCACAGGCCUUCAGAGAGAUCAGCAGGGAUACCUUGGAGAGUUACCUCAACGCGACAGGCGAGUUUUUUGACGGUUUUGUUAAGAACAUUUGCCAGUGGACAUUGGAUGGUGACAAGGUCAAGAUUCCUUUAAACAAGGAGAACGAGGCCAUUACCACAGUAACAAGGGAGGUGGUCAAGAUCGAACAGUUUAGCAGAGUCUUUAAACGCGCGUACGAGCAGCCUUGCUGA